AUGGCUUUUGAUUUAGGAUUUGUUGUGGUAAUAGUAAGAUCUGACAUAGCUACUGGUGUACGGGGAAGAAAAACGUAUGUCAUACUUGGAUGUGAAAGAGGGGGAAAAUAUAGGAAAUACAAAGCUGAUGCAGUGGCUAGUGUAUACGGCACUCGUAAAUGUGAAUGUCCGUUUAGAUUAAAGGGUAAACCAUGUUCAGAUGGGGCCGGAUGGGUGUUGAAGGUGAUGUGUGGACAUCACAACCAUGAGUUGGCUGAAACUUUAGUGGGUCACCCUUAUGCUGGCAGGUUAAAUACGAGUGAGAAGUCAUUACUGGUUGAUAUGACAAAGAGGUUAACCUUCUCAGCAGCAUUUGCUUUCUUGUCUACUGAAAGGCAGAGUAAUUUCACAUGGGCUUUGGAAAAGCUGAAAGGUUUAUUUUUAACAUCUGAGGGUGGUCCUAAAGUUAUUGUGACUGACCGAGACUUGGCUUUGAUGAAUGCCAUAUCAAGUGUAUUCCCUGAGUCAUAUCAGAUGUUAUGUCGGUUCCACAUCCUUAAAAAUGUUAAAGCUAAAUGCAAAAUGUUAGUUCAUUCUACUGAGGUUUGGGAAGUGUUGAUGGAUGCAUGGGAAAAUGUGAUGGAUUGUGCUGAUGAAAGCUUGUUUGCUGAGUAUGUGAAUGGUUUUGAAUACGCAAGCAGAUCAUGGCCUUUGUUCUUUGAAUAUGUUAAUCAGAAUUGGAUUAUUCCGUACAGCACAUACUUUGUAAAGUUCUGGACGAACAAAGUAAUGCAUUUAGGGAACACAACCACAAAUAGGGCUGAAUCUGCUCAUUGGAGCCUGAAGAAAGUUCUGGGCAAUAGUAUGGGUGAUUUGUGUUCUUGUUGGGAUAGUAUUCAUAACGUCAUUAUCUUACAACACAACAAGAUUAAGGCGUCAUUUGAAAGUAGUUUGUUGCUCAGGAGUGACUAUUUUAAAGGCUACAUAUAUAGAGAACUUAUUGGGCGUGUGUCUCGAUAUGCAUUGGAUCUCAUUGCUAAGGAAUUGAAAAUAGUGCAGCAGAUAGGAUUGGACUCCUCAAAGUGUGGAUGUGUAUUGAGACGUACAUUUGGUGUCCCAUGUGCAUGUGAAUUAGCACGAUAUGAUCCUAGGAUGAUCCCUAUAGGUGAAUUUCAUAUCAUGUGGCGAAGAUUGCAUUUCUCAAAUGUUGAAUUAAAUGAAACUAAGCCUCAGUUAUCCAUUAAAGAUGAGUUGAAACAAGUAGAAGAACGAUUCAAUGAGGUUGACAUUGGCGGUAAAGUCACCAUCAAGCAGAAGUUACUUGAGAUUGUUUGUCCUACAUUGACAUCAAUGGUCCCUCCAUUACAUAAAGUCAAGACAAAGGGUGCACAAAAAAGUAAAGUUAAACGAAGUGAAAGGUCUACUACGCGGGAUCCAUCAUAUUUUGAGUAUGUGGACGCCUUUCAUUCAACCAUAGAAUCUUCAUCUGUGAGAAGUAAAUUACAAUCAAAGCCAAAAGCAAUGAAGAAAAGGAGAGUUCCAAUGAUAGACCAGUUUCAUUCUACUACUCACCCCUUCAUUGUGGACGUUGUUGAUGUUGUGGCUGAUGGUCACUGUGGGUAUAGAUGCAUUGCUGCGUUGUUGGGACUCGGAGAAGAUUCAUGGCCCGUUGUGAGGAAUGAGUUGUACAAAGAACUCAGUGCUUGGCGUGAUGAAUAUGCAAGCCUAGUAGGAGGCUAUGAUAGACUAGAAGAACUGAGGUCCUCUUUGUUGGUGCAGUCACUGUCCGCGGCUAACACGAGCAAGUGGAUGACAUUACCAGACAUUGGUUAUGCAAUUGCUAACCGAUAUAACGUUAUCUUAGUGUGUUUGUCAUACUCUCAAAAUUAUACUAUCUUUCCACUACGUUCCACACCACCUUCUGAUAUCACUCAACAUCGCUUAAUUUGUAUAGGACAUGUUCAUGGAUGUCAUUUUGUGCAGGUUAAGCUACAAGAAGGUUGUCCGUUGCCCACGGUGAAUAUCAUGUCCUCAACCCACUGUUAUCCUGAGGCACGAGCGUGGUCAUCUAUUUAUACUAGUAGGAUGCACGCAUUUGAACAGUUGAUGGACAUAACAACAUCUUAUGUUGACUUAGGUGAUUCAUGA